CGGACAGUCUGAAGGUGCCGGUUAGAAGCUCGGGCUGAGUUGAGAAACUGAACGAAAACAAGGACGCAUUUAUAAAUAUCACUGUUUGUAUAAACUAUUUUUUAUAUUACGUAUAUAUCUGAGAACGCAAGGGGAAAUAUAACGGACGUUACCAAGACAACUAGCUAGCAAACAAAGAGUCUUUCUCAGAAGAAAUAAAUCCUCAUAUUCUUUAGUUAUGAGUCAUGUGGCCGUCGAAACUGUACACGGUCUAGAUCAGCAGCUUGCUGUCCUAGACUUGAACUCUGCUGAUGGUCAGAGCGGAGGUGGCACUGGCAGGCGUUACAUUCCUCCUCAUCUACGCAACAAAGAGGCCUCUAAGAAUGGAAAUGCUUUUUCCUCUGGUAGACAGAGCGGUUAUUCAGUGCCACCGAUGGGGAGCUUCUCUUCUAGACCGUUCCCUCAAUCUUGGAAUCCAGAGCGGAACCUUAGGCGCAGAUCUAACUGUUCCAACGGCUGGGAUGACUUUAGGACCGGUUACCCGGGACCGGCCUCAGACGAGCUCUCCUUUUAUCAGGCCUACAGGGGCGGCUGGCCGGGGAGAUGUGCCUCCCCUGCCCGCACCGACGGCAGUGUCGCCCGUGACGGGAUCGAUGACGACGACGAUGACGCGGCCAGUGUGCUCAGCUGGGCUGACCGCUGCGACUCGCCGGGGUGGGAUGGCGGACGCAGCAACGGCUUUGUGAACGGUUACCACGACAACCGGCAGAACGGCGGACGCGGACCUCCGCGCUCGGACCGCGGCGGGCGUGACGGCGGUGGGUGGAGCAGCGGGAAGGACAACCGCGGCGACGCCUACACCAGCUUUGGAGGACGCUCCGAUCGGGGGAAGUCUUCCUUCUUCAACGACCGGAGCUCUGGGCCCCGGGGAAGGUACGAGCGGCCCGGCUACGGGUCCCGGGAGGGCGGAGGCAACAGCCGCUGGGCGGAGGACUCCCAGGAGGACUGGUCCAAGCCCACACCGCCCAACGAGCGCCUGGAGCACGAGCUCUUCUCCGGGAGCAACACCGGGAUUAACUUCGAGAAGUACGACGACAUUCCCGUGGAAGCCACCGGGAACAACGCCCCUCCGCACAUCGAUAGCUUCCACGACGUGGACAUGGGCGAGAUCAUCAUGGGCAACAUCAACCUGAGCCGCUACACGCGGCCCACGCCCGUGCAGAAGCACGCCAUCCCCAUCAUCAAGGCCAAGAGGGACCUGAUGGCCUGUGCGCAGACCGGCUCUGGAAAGACUGCGGCUUUUCUGCUCCCGGUGCUGAGUCAGAUCUACACGGAGGGGCCCGGAGAAGCCAUGCAGGCCAUGCGAGGCGGCGGCCAGGAGAACGGGAAAUACGGGCGGCGGAAGCAGUACCCCCUCUCCCUGGUCCUGGCGCCCACCAGAGAGCUGGCGCUGCAGAUCUACGACGAGGCCCGGAAGUUCGCGUACCGCUCCAAGGUGCGCCCCUGCGUGGUGUACGGCGGGGCGGACAUCGGGCAGCAGAUCCGCGACCUGGAGAGGGGCUGCCACCUGCUGGUGGCCACGCCCGGCCGGCUGGUGGACAUGAUGGAGCGCGGCAAGAUCGGCCUGGACUACUGCACGUAUUUGGUCCUGGACGAGGCGGACAGGAUGCUGGACAUGGGGUUCGAGCCCCAGAUCCGGCGGAUCGUGGAGCAGGACACCAUGCCCCCGAAGGGCAUCCGUCAGACCAUGAUGUUCAGCGCCACCUUCCCCAAGGAGAUCCAGAUUCUGGCCCGGGACUUCCUGGAGGAGUACAUCUUCCUGGCGGUGGGCCGCGUUGGCUCCACGUCCGAGAACAUCACCCAGAAGGUGGUCUGGGUCGAGGACGGCGACAAACGCUCCUUCCUCCUGGAUCUGCUGAACGCCACCGUCAUUCCCAGUGAGGUUCAGGGAAGUGCGGGUGAGAACCCAGAGAAACCCGGCAAAGACUCGCUCACGCUGGUGUUUGUGGAGACCAAGAAGGGCGCCGACUCCCUGGAGGACUUCCUGUACCGCGAGGGCUACGCCUGCACCAGUAUCCACGGCGACCGUUCCCAGAGGGACCGCGAGGAGGCCCUCAACCAGUUCCGCUCGGGACGGUGUCCCAUCCUGGUCGCUACAGCGGUGGCUGCCCGUGGACUUGACAUCAGCAAUGUGAAACACGUCAUCAACUUCGACCUGCCCAGUGACAUUGAGGAAUAUGUUCACCGCAUUGGUCGUACCGGUCGUGUCGGGAACCUCGGUUUGGCUACGUCCUUCUUCAACGACAAGAACAGCAACAUCACCAAGGACCUGUUGGACAUCUUGGUGGAGUCCAAGCAGGAGGUGCCGUCCUGGCUGGAGAGCCUGGCCUACGAGCACCAGCACAAGAGCAGCAGCCGCGGACGCUCCAAGGGCCGGUUCUCCGGAGGUUUCGGCGCCAGAGAUUACCGGCAGAGCAGCGGCGGGGGCGGCUUCGGGGGCGGCGGCGGAUUCGGGGGCGGCGGCGGCGGCCGCGGCGGGAGGAACCCCGGCGGACACGGCGGGAACAGAGGAUUCGGCGGUGGCGGUGGAUUUGGGAACUUUGGGUACAGCAGCGAUGGCUAUGGAGGAAACUACUCCCAGGUGGACUGGUGGGGAAACUAGAAAGGAAGCACCGGGAAGAAGAAAGAAAAAAAAAAAAAAAAAAAAAAGACUAAAACCUACGCGCUGUGGAGGUCACCACGCCAAACUAGCCGAAAAGGAAACCACAUGUAACAUAGCCAGACUAUACCCUGUGUAGCUUCAACAAGAACCUGCAGUACUUUACCAGCUGUGAUUCUCUGACUCGGUUCUGGACAGGGAGCCUGCGAAAGCAUCGAAGAGCAGGACGCGGGCCCACAUGCGGCCGCUCGUUCAGCCUCCCAACGCGGUCUGGGACCGGGUUUUUCACUGCGUCAUAUCUUUCCUUUUAAAAAAAAAAAGAAAAAAAAAGAAAAAAAGAAAAAAUAACUAAAAACCAAAACAAAAAAAGAAAAACGAACAGAAGGAGGGAGAAAAAAAAAACUGAGGAUAAUUUGUAUGUUAAUGUACUGUGCCUUUCAAUUUAGACAGGAAUUUUCAUUUUUGAAAUGUCAUUACUGGUCAAGCCUGACCAAUCUCAACUUUAUUAUUUUCGUAAGCCGUAGACUGAGGAAGCUUACUGUACUAAAUCAAACCUUGGCAAACACUGGGAUGAUAUGACUUGAGUGAGUCAUUAUUUCCGUUUGAAAUCCAAAUUGCCACUGGAAUAUCGGGCGGCCUGCGCUGCCGGCUAAAACAAGAGCAGCUUCUUGAUCCAUCACGGAAGCUGUUGAAUUUGAAGGUAUUGAUUUCUCUCGUGGCAAUUGUAUUUUAAGGGACUAUGAGUUCUAACUUUUAUGCUCACUCUAUCCUGGAUAGAUACCCGUUAGGGAUAUGGUAGUCUUUAAAAAGCCAUUCCAGCAGUUAUUGUAAUAUUCACUGAAAUGAUGAAACGCUUUGUGUCUUGACGCACGUUAAGUGUUUAACACGCAAUGCUGGAACUUGUUACUCCACUCAUAUUAAUUGACUUGACAGUGUUAAGGCAGCUACUAAGAAGUACCACGAGCUAGCCGUAGGUUGGGUGGAGUUUUUUUUUAGUUUUUUUCCCCCCAGUUUAAAUUCUUACUACUUGAAACGUUUUACGGUGGAAAUUGAAAAACUUUUAGUUUUUCAACUAGAUGUUUCUCAUACAAAACAGAAAGCUAUAUUGGGAAAAAAGGACGAAGCCUGCCGUAUUCGAAAGUGAAGUUUUGAACGGCUACGCAUGGACCGCCACGCCGAAUGCGGGCCUGCAGAAAAGCGCGGCCGAUUUGGUCUUAGACGCAUGCUAGUGUUGUUUUUUGGUCAAGGCGAGAAAACCGACGAAUUCUGCAGCAGGCUUUACUUUAUUACCAACACGUGUGUUUUUUCUCUUUUUCAAGCUGCGUUUAAAAACAUAAAUAUAAAUUAAAUAAAUCCGGAAUCGCAUCUUUCGGCUUAACUUGGAGGCAUGGCUCCUUUUUUUUAUUUUUUUUUGUUUAUUUAUUUUAUUUUUUUCUUCAAAGACUAGAGCAGUCGGAGGAUUGCAGUUGACGUGCAGGGGAAACGGACGUUGGAGAGGGCGGUAGAGUGUACCACCGUUUUAGUCGCAUUGGUUUCCGCUGUGUGCUGGCUGUGGGUUAAUCAGGCCAGCCAAAAAUGGGGUGGGGGUGGGGGGGUAAAGGGGGGUGCGUUCUCCAAUGUCAUCAAUGCUGUCAACGGAGUUAAUCUGCCUUGAUGUGCAUUUAAAAUCACUGGCCCGGGGGGCUAGCAUCGGCUUCCGUUUUUAAGAGCAGUGCUGUGAGGGGGUGUAAAAUGGCAUUUAACUUAAGUGCAAUAGAUUUAUGCUGAAGUGUGUUGUGCCUUGAAACUUUUUCAACAGAUUAUUGAGCAGAAGCAAAAUGCACUGACAGUAUUGAGGUAACUUAAGAUGACUGGUGCUAUUUAAUUUUAGGCCUAGGCCCUUGUAUGUUGUACCCAUCAAGUUUUACAGAGUUAUUUUAUUGCGCAUCUAGAGUUUUUAUAUAAAUGUCUUGAGUGCGUGUCCUUAAGCUUCCAAAUACCGUGUGGAGAUUGUGGAAAUGCAGCUUGUUUACAAAAGGGGAAGGGCUCUUAAUAUUUAACCAGGAUUUAUUUGGGACCAGGGGGAUUAGCAGUUGGGAAUUUAGCAUUUGCACACAGAUUUCUAGAUUCUACUUUUGCUGCUAGUUGUGUAAUUUAUUAACCAUUUUUUGAGAAAUAUUUAUUUUUAUAAGCCUAAAAGUGAUUCUUUGAACGUUUCAAGAAACUUGACCAAAAGACAGUACAAAAAACACUGGCACUUGAAUGUUGAAUGUCACCAGUAUGCGUGAACUUUAUAUAUUUCGGGGUAGUGUGAGCUUUUUAAUGUUAGUCAUAUUGGACUCAGUCAAAAUUCAUACCUGUUACUGGCCUUCUGGCUGAAGGUGUCGAUAAACCAUGUAAUUGGCUGUCAAAGUAACAAAGGAAGGAAAAAGAAAAAAGAAAAAAACCAAAACAUGCCAAGGUUUGGAUUAAAAAAAAAAAAAAAAAAAAACUUAAAAAAAACUUGUCAAGACAAACAUUUACUAUGUAUCAGUGCAAAGUGUCCAGAUUCUCUUGUGUUUUUUUUUAUUUUAAUUAGUUUUCAGUGGCUGUCUGGCACAUGGCAAUCUAUUACAAACAUGUGGUUAUUCUCUAUUGUUGCAUUUACAUAUUUGCGACUGGCAUUUGGCCUUUUGCGGGCAUCUGGCAGGUUCUAGCUAUAGCAAUAAGUCUUGAGUGGAAGAGGGGAGUCUGACCAUUGGACACAUUCGGUAUGAAAGGUUUGUUUGUGUUUGUUGUUUUUUUUCUUUUUUUUUGCUUGCCACAUGCUCGCAGGUGGAAUGCCAGCGCUCGUUAGGGUUUAGAAUUUGCUUUCUGUACUAGUUUAGUAGCUAUGGCACUGCAUGAGAAUACUCGGCUGUGCAUUUGUAUAAUUUCACCAAAAUAAAAGUUUGAAAUGCAAAACAUCCUUUACAAAUCAAGCAUGUUUUCUAGUAUGAUGUUUAAUGUAGAAUGAAGUAACUGAUGUGUAGCGGCUGUUAGCGGUGUCGCUGCUCCGAGGCUGGAGUUAAGUGAAUAAAUUCAGCCCACAAACGUUCAGCUCAAAUAUAGAUCUUUUUAAACUCA